CCGGUUCAAUUCCGCGGGAUUCCGAGGGGAAUGACAGAACAGAAUGUGUAUGUGACAGGAGGACAGAUCGAGAGAACUGACGUGUAGUAGAGGUAUUUUGAUUUCGGAGACUCGGUCGCAGAGAGUGGACUUGUUGUGGUCGCGUGGCGGAGUCGCGAGGAAUAGAGAAAAGAAAAUAAAGACAAAGAGAGAGAGAGAGAGAGAGAGAUAGAGAGCGCAGUGAACAGACACCUCGUGAGUUUUUUAACAUUCGCAGAGAAUGGCGAGCCGCGACGAGUUGGUCUCGCAAUUCGCGGACGUAACUGGUGUUGAGGCCGAGAGAGCGCUAUUUUACCUUGAGUCAUCCGCUUGGCAGCUCGAGGUCGCUCUCACCAGUUUCUACGAGAAUGACGAGCCAGUCGAACUAGUGGCCGGAACUGUCAACGAUACACAAGAAACGGAACGAAGUUCGGAAGACAGCACGGGCGCGAUGUCGAACAAGCAAACGAAAUCUGACUCGACGGAGUCGAAGGGUGCCAAGCCGAAACCCAAAUUCGGAACGUUGAACGACCUUCACAAUAGUGAUAGCAGUUCCGAGGAGGAAGAGGGACAAGCAUUUUACGCUGGUGGUUCUGAGCACAGCGGACAGCAAGUUCUGGGACCGGGAAAGAAAAAAGAUAUUAUCAGCGACAUGUUUAAGUCAUGUCAGGAGCAAUCUAUCGCUGCAGAUCCCCCGAAGAUAGGAGGCCAGCAAAGGCCAAACACGUUCAGAGGCACGGGAUAUAAAUUAGGUCAAACUAGCUCAGACAGCGAAGUUGUGAUGGGAGCAAACGCAGAUCAACAAUCUUCGAAUGGUCUUAUUAUAUUGAAAUUGUGGAAGGAUGGAUUUACAAUAAACGACAAUGAGAUACGAUCGUAUGACGAUGUCGAGAACAGAGACUUUCUAGAGGCCAUUAAACGAGGUGAAAUCCCAGCAGAGAUUCGUCAACAGGUACAAGGUGCGGAAGUACGACUCGAUAUGGAGGAUCAUCGUCAUGAGACCUAUGUCCCAUCAAAAACCAAGGUGAAAGCCUUCUCUGGAAAAGGGCACAUGUUAGGAAGUCCAUCUCCCGCUACUGUGGGCAUGACAGUUCCAACAGAUCCUGCCGAUCAAGCUGCCAAUGAAGCGCAAGCAAAAAAGGAAUUGGAUUUAGAUAAUUCAAAGCCAGCCACGACGUUACAAAUCCGUCUUGCAGACGGUAGUACUGUAAAGGCCCAAUUCAAUCUGUCGCAUACGGUCGCUGAUCUUAGACGAUAUAUAAUAACUAUGAGACCUCAGUACGCUCUAAGGGAUUUCAGUUUAUUAACUGUAUAUCCAACAAAGGAACUUACAGAAGAUAAAACGAUUGAAGAAGCUGGUUUACAAAAUUCGGCUAUAAUGCAACGACUGAAGUAAACUUUUUCUAAAUUCCUAGAUUGAAUGAUGUAACGAUUAGACACCAAAUAUAUGUUAAAUCGCUUGAAAAUAAAAUUUCUAUGUAUUUUUAUUAGGAACG